GAGAGUGCCAGGACGCUGACGCCAUUAAUACUGUCACCGAUACAUUCGCGUACUCCUCCGACGUCGACACGCAGUCUGGUCCUACUCAGUGGCCCUCUGGUUAGAAUUCGAAGAAGCUGCUUUUUACGGCUUCAACAGCACCGACAAAUGGGUGUCGCGGACCGAGUCAUCAAAUGAUUAUCGCAGCUAGAUUGUUGAUUACUCUGGCCGCACAAUGAAUAUGCAAUAUCCACCACACUUAUUUACGCUCAGCCUUGGUCCAGAAGGCAUUCGAUUAUACAUAUUGCAUGCAUUCAACCUAUCAACAGAAGGCCAAUACCUUAUCAAAAUUCUCCACCGGUUUCUACUCUGUCGGACACCGAACGAAGCAAAGACAACAUAGCGACGCCGACCACCGAGGCAGAGAUAUCUCAUGCAAAACCGCACUUGAAGCCUUGGAUUUAUCCCAAGGACAAAGAUCAGCAAAUCUGGGAAGAUUCUCAUGCCUGACGGCGACGGCGAACGGGCGGUCAUUGCUGGGCCCGCUAUCGCCGAGUGACGUUGGGCUUCCCCAUGUACAAUGUGAAGACUCAAAGUCUCGGGUUUCUCAAGGAUACCUAGCGGAUGCCAAACCGCCUCGAGAAUCCGAGAUGCUUAUGAUUUUCAAUGCAGCUCGCGUCCGCAAUGUCCCUACUUUUGUCGGUGACGGUGUUCUCCCCGGACAGAUAACUACUUCGCACAAGUAUAUCAACGAAGACUGGAACUUGGGGAGCAUAUCUAUCAAUCAUCUGUAUUCGCGAGCACCAGCGGGCGAGGUCCACUUCAAGUCCUCGAGGCAACUUACGAGAGUUGUCUGGCCCACGAAGACGCUUAUUCCUACUGCCAUAUUCUUCACCAUGAUAUCAACAGCGGGAACAUUUUGAUCAUACACGACGAGAAGGCGCCGAGAGAUAAUCAUGACGGCUGAGGUCGCACAAGAUUUUCUUCCAUUGUUCUUGUGAGGACACAAAGAAAAGAGAAUGAGAGUACGCGGCGACUGCCACCGUGACCGGACUGGGAUUUGGUUGACCAGAAACCUUCACCUCGUUCAGCUGAAGAUCCUUCUCCCCAAAAUGAUGCAAAGAAGCUGAAAUUUCCAUCCAUCUCUGAGGCGGUGUGGCUACGUUUUUCGAGCUCAUCAGAUAGGUAGUGUAGUCCUAG